CAGUAGCAUAGUAGAAAACAAAAACUUGAAUAUGACGUGGCGAUCAAUUGAUGACGUGAGCGACUGCUGUGGAAUCUUCAUAGCAGAUUUGAACAAAAGAUAAAGAUCUGGGGUUAAAUAUUGGGUCAAAUUAGGAUCCUGAAACAAGUUCUGGAUGACCCUAGUAGUUGAGCUGAUGGUUUGAAGAAGGAUACAAGGCAGCAUGGAUUUUCAAUCUGUUCUCUCCCUUACUGCAACAGUUUCUACUAUCGGCCUGUUUUUGACUGGCAUACAAAUUUGUAUGAAGAUCAGAUCUCAGGGUAAUACACAGAACAUCUCCAUAUUUCCAUUCAUAGCAGGCAUCAUCAAUACAGUGUUAUGGACCAAGUACGGUGUUUUGAUCGAGGAUCAGACUGUCAUUUUUACCAACGGAGUGGGGAUCGUUCUUCAAACUCUCUACACUCUGAUUUAUUACCUAAACACAAAUGAUAAGAAGCAAGUACAUUCCAAACUUCUAUAUACCGCCCUAAUCAUCUACCCGACGUUAGGAGCUGUCAAAUUCAUGAAUAUGACGGCAGCAACGGCCAUACACUACAUAGGCCUAGCGUCGUCAUUCGCCACAGUACUCAUGUAUGCAGCGCCGCUUAGUGUGGUGGCUCAGAUCAUAAGAACCAAAAGUACCGAGGCUCUACCGUUUCCUUUAUCGUUUGUUGGGUUACUGGUGUCUUUGCAAUGGUUUAUUUAUGGGCGUCUUGUGCAAGACUCUUUUAUUCAGAUUCCAAACUUCUUAGGCAUGCUUCUGGGUGCCUUUCAGAUGUCUCUUUUUAUCCGCUAUCCUGGCCCGUCACGGAAAUACGACCUGGCGGGAUCAAGCGUCAUUUGAAGGGCACUCGUAAGACGGACGACCAACCCGAGAACAGAACAGAGGAACAUGCUUUUAUUGGUAGGCUCGUUUACACUAAGCCUUGAGCUCAUCAUUCCAGAUUGACAAGAAGUCAGAGAGAUACAAUUUGUCUUCGUGCAAUGGGGCCUAGGGGGUACAAAAUCAUGUCAGAAACGUUUAAAAAGUGAAA